CAGCUGACUGGCACGGCCUAUUGUUGUGAACGUGUUAUAGCCGCACCGCACCACGCAGCUCCAACAGUGCGAAGUAGCACCAUGGUGGCAGAAGCAUGGAUACUAGGCUCUGCACCAUGAUUCUUCCCUUGUUUGCGCUUGCUUUGCGCCUGCUGACCACAACAACCCAAGCGAAAGAGUCUUCAUGCUGCUCCAGUAUUUCUGACAACCAGACAUGCAGGCGGCAUUGCCAACAACUUCUGGCCCUCAAUACUCCCAUGCAACAGAUGCAACAGCUUUUGACGGCGGCUGAAGUCUGUCCCAGUGAACAAAACGAGUUCUGGACCUGCCUGAAUUCAAGCUUACCAGUUCUCCGAGACAUCGAAGUGUGGCCAGGACGUCUGUGUUGCGACCUGGGUCUGUCCUUGCAGUGCCGUCGCAAGUGUCAAACAGCCCGGUCGAAGGCAGAGCUCCGACGAACGUGCAGUGCGGCAUCAGAAAAAACGAUGUUCAUGUGCAUCAGGAAACAAGAAGACGGGGAGACCUGUUGCCAGAAGGCGACGUCACUCAGUUGCGGCAUGGUGUGUCGCAGCACGUCCUUAUCCAGCACGUCACGCAACACGCGCGCCCCCUUGCGUGUCGUUACCCAGCACUGUGGAGGGCCGAGUGGUAUGGUUACUGAGUGCAUGCAGAGUCAGGCCCAACCAGCGCGCACCACGAAUCCAGUGGACAACCUGCCGUGCUGCGAGCGGGCCAAGACCCAGUCGUGCCGCGACAAGUGUCGCGAUGCCCUGCAGUCCACCAUGUCGGAGGACGACAUCAUCGACGUGUUGAUUGUGGCGUGUGGCGGCCCUGACCUCAUGGAGCCGCUAUGGCAGUGCUUCCUUCAAACACACACCUCCCCUGCCAACCACACCCCCCCAGCCACCAGCUUGGACAACGCCAAGCUGCACUGCUGUGCAAAAGCUGUCACCACCCGCUGUCGAGAUCUCUGCACACAGACGUACAAAGAUGGAUGGUCUUAUCACAAUGAAUUUCACAAGAGCUGCUCCUACAUCCAGCCCGUAUCCAUGAUGGAGGCCAGCAUGCACAAGUGCCUCAUGGAUGUUGAUGAACCCUGUCAGCUCGGGUGUAGUGGUCUGUCGUACUGCACCAACUUCAACCACCGCCCAACUGAGCUUUUUCAGAGUUGCACAAGGGAGGCUGACUAUGCUGCCGAGAAAGCCUUUAAAAUGUGGGAAAGUGGGCCUAUUAUCCUGCCGCAGAUGGAAAUUCAUGUGAAAGACAUUCGAACAUGUGAGCCAGAGAAGUGGAAAGCGAUUGCUUGUGCAACACAGAUCAAGCCUUGCCACAAACAGCUUUCCCUUCUGUCACUGUGCAAGGAGGACUGUAUUGACAUUUUGAACAAGUGUGUGGAUGCCCAGCAGUCUGUGCCUCAGCUGUGUAAUGCACUACACUCAGCUCGCACACCAGGGGCCUGCAUCCCUCUAGCACACUAUCUUCAGCCCAGUCCACAUAUUCAUGAAGAAGGGGAAGUAACUCAUCCUUGUAACCCUCACCCGUGUCAGGCAGACGAAGUCUGCGAAGUACGUCGCCGCAAGUGCAAACACACUGACAAUUGCCAACAGUUUAUCUGCAAAUCAGCAUGCACACUGGGGAAAGUGUCCUCCAUGCGGGUGCCUGCAGGUGCAUACGUGCGAAUCCCCAACACGGCCGGGCAAGCAGGAGACGACUGUUUUCUUGGUUGUCGUUGCAGCAGCAAAGGAGUGCUGGAGCAUUGCAAACCUCUCCCAUGUUUACAACGCCGCAACUGUGUGCUUGGCCCUGCCAACACUCAAGAGCAUGGGGCCCACUUCCUGCUUGACGAUAGCCAGUGCAUGUGUCAUGACGGCGAUUUGAUCUGCUCUCGACAAUCAUGUUUAACAGAUACCACUGGUCACAUUACAGGGUCACCUAAUAGCUGUCCUGUACAGUAUAAACCAGUUUGUGGAGCCAAUGGGAAGACAUACCCAAACAGUUGUAUGGCUAGGUGUGCAGGUGUGACACAGUUUAUAUCCACUACCAGUUGUGCUGAUUAUGAUCCUUGCAAAUCAAACCCAUGUCGAAGUGGAGAGCGGUGCAUUGCUCAUCAGCAAGUCUGUCUUGGUCACAUCACAGAACAAGGAUGUCCACAAUACGAGUGCAUUGCAGACGAGGGAUUGUGCAACCCACACCACCAUGAUCCUGUGUGUGACACAACGGGAGAGGAGUUCUCUAAUGCCUGUGUUUUGUACUCUCACCAUCGGGUCUUGGCCUACCGUGGACACUGCCAACCAUCAUGCUCACUGCAGUCAGGAAGUGUGUGUGGCCAUGAUGGAGAGACAUACUCUAGUGAGUGUGCUGCACUGGCUGCUGGCACUACCAUCGACUGCGGAGAGUGCAGAGCAUUUGGCAACCUUACUCGGUCCAGCCAAACAACACCAUUCUGCCAUCGUAUAUCUUGUCCACCACUCUCUCCACCCCAUUGUCGAGGGAUUCGACCUCCUGGAGCAUGCUGUUCCAUCUGUGCUGCCCAGCUGCGAGUACUCUAUGACCCCAGACUGGUGGACAUGGCAGCACAGCGCAUGGAGCAGGGUCCUGUUACAGUACAGCAGCUAGUGAGGUCAUUGUCACGUCUGCUCAUGGUGGUGCAGUGUGAUGUCUUUGGCUACCUCAGUCUGGAGGGAGACUUGGUGUUGAUAGUCCUCCCUUUGGCAUCACAACCUUCAGACAUUCAGAUUGAAGCGUGCAACAGUGAAGCUGAGCGAUUGGAUGGCCUCAUCUCCAACCAGAGCCCCACCCUGGUUGCCUACCUAGAGUUGUCUCCCCUCUUGCUGGCGCCUGCACAGGCGGUUGGAUUGCACUAUGUGGGGUCAAUGUAUAACAUGGGCUCAGCGGCUUCGUCUCCAAUGUCAUCAUUGUGCUUAUUGUUGGCUGCCAUCUUCCUUGCAACCACUGCUUUGACUUUCAGUGAGCUGAGCGACUGUGCACCUGAAAUGUUGGCGUUGGUCUGAAACAGUUCCACGCAUGCAGUUUGGAGAACAUUGUGGGAAAAGAUUUUUUUUCAAGAGAAUGGAUGAGCAUUUCUUGCAGAUCACCCCCAUCUGCUGUGUGUUGUUCGCUUGCAUCCAACUUGCUGUUGCUAUGUGGGUAGAUGAAACCGGAACAAACAGCAGCAAGACACAAAGCUCAUCUUUGGAAGGUUGGGAGUUCCGAUAUGAUGCACCCCAGAGACACUGUGGGUUGAGAGAAGUGAUGCUGGGAGCUGGUGGUUUGGAGAAUCACACCUCAGACUAUUAUAGGGUAAAGUAAUGUAGGGGGAGGUAAAUGACAUUAUAGCCAGUCUUAGUUUGGGGAUGGUCGAUAGUUAAGGAAAAAGCUACCAUCACCAGUGUGUAUUGUGACUGAUGAAGCAGUCUUGGAAAUCUGACUUGUGAUUGUGUAUCAUCUGCUCUGUUCUUCGAUAGUGUAUAGUGUGUGUGUGUUUUUUACAGCACCAUGCCUGGACAGAACUCAAGUAUAGGCCAGACUCGCUUUUGCCAAAGUAGCAAGAAGCCAAAGAUAUGUGAUGAUGGUUUUGUCUGAGUAUACUGCACCUUAUCAGUGCAGCAAAACAGAUGGAGAAGGAGAUGAACGAAAUGGCGUAUUUUGGGAUGGACUUCUUCACACAGACACUCCGUUUUUAGUGACAAGGGUUUUGAUUGAACUUUGAGGUUAGGAUGACCUAUGACAAUGGCAUGAUUGGCUGUAUGUGUUUGUGAGAGAGAUAGAAUGUGAGUGUAGUAUGGUGACUUGGGAGAGUAUGUGAACAUGGUUGCAUAUUUUUGCUGGAAUUUUAUUCACAUCCCCUUCUAUACCUUAGCACCAAUAAUAUAUAUAGGUGCAUCUUUGGUGUCACGCCGAUGUUAAGACUGUCUGAAGGUCUGUGGUGUUGUUUGUACACCUCAAUGUUUAACAGUUACAUUUGAAUGUACAAUGUUACCUUUGCAAACUUACAUUGUAAUCUUCCCUAUUUAUCACUUGAGAGCUGCAUGGCUUUGAGGCUAAAGUUAGAACCAGCAACUUUCCCUCCUCUGGAUAGUCUUUGCUUAGAUUGGUGAUUUCCUUGUUGCUUCCAAGCUGUGUUUCUUGUGAGUGAAAAAGCAAGUGCAUUUGAGAGUGGUGAGGGAGAGAAUGUCAUGUUGAUCUAUUUAUGACUUCAAGGGAAAAUGUUGAAGACUGCAAAUCCUUGUUUAUGACAAGUUAGCUGAGUUACUUCGGUGAAUUUUUGUACACUUGAAAUUUUCUUUAUUGUUUUGAGAUGCACUAUAGAUGCUUAGACAAGGCAGGUGCAUCACCUAAGUCAUUGUCUAACAAGCUGCCUACAAGUAUUGUACAGGCCAACCUUGGGAUUAACCUCUUCAAAAUACUUGCUUUUUUGUUUUAUAAAAAUAAGGAAACAAUUCCAUGAGACUGUUGUAGUAGUUACUUUGUAGGGAAAUUACCACAUUGUCUUGUUCUUCCCCUGAAAUACAAGUACUCUUUCAUUUUUAAAGUAUUUGGAAUACGGCAUUGUGAAGGAAUGCAGUCCAAACUAGAAGAGGUGUGCAUGCAAGUAAAACUAUCCUACAAUGUCUGUCAAAGCAGAAAGUUAACAACAUUCAUUGUGUGUGUACACAUAUAUAUGUGUGUAUACCUGCAUGUGUAUAUGUGUGCAUGCAUACAUGCCUGGUAUGAUUGUGAAAUAGUUUUCUUUCAUUCAUCCUUAGUUUUGGAGGCAACAUAGUAAUUUGCAUCCUCAGUUGAUAUACACAAGAUUAAAUUCUUUUAAAGCUUAAUCCACAGGAAGGACAGGCCUUUAAGAAGCUCAGGGAUCAUGCAUAUUGGCGCAUUACGGUGAUCUUGUCUUUUGUUGUGACCUUCACCUUUGGUGACCCUUGCAGGUUUUUAUGGGGCCUGCAGUAGUGGAACGUUACAGUAGCAGAACUCCUAUGGUUCCCCUUUGUGUGUGACAGGACGUUGAUUUGUAGCAUGUGUAUUCAACGAGAAUAUUUUGUAAACAUACCAUCAUAUGUGGUCUCUGCCUCUCACAUGCAGAGCCUGAAUGUGAUACUUGAUAUUGUGUGUACAUAUGUCAUUAUGUAACAUACUGAUCCGUGUGAUUGUAUACUGUUGAUAAGCUGUCCUGUAUGUGUGAGCAUAUGCAUGCCUGUGUGUGUGUGUUGGAGAAUAAGGUAAUAUAUAGCUAGAGAUGUGGAUGUACAUAAUUGCACAUCUUUAUGGAGGCUCAUGGUGAGUUGAGUGUUUAAGAACAGAAGAAUAUUUGUGUUUAACUUUGUGGUACAGUUUGCACAAGAAAUAAUGUCAUGUUUAUAAUGAAAAUAAUGUAUUUAGUAUAUUAGGUUAUAGCAUAUAUUUCAUUUGUGUCAGAAACCAGAAAUCAUGUUUUGGCAUUUUUUGCACUCUUGAGAUUUUCUUUAAACAUUUUAUAUUGUGUCAUGGCAAGAACAGCAAACUGUUUUUGUGUUGUUGUUGCAGGAGAUUUUGUUAAUGAAAAACAUCAUCUUACAGCCAAAGCAGUCUUAUGUGGGCUAAAUAAUGAAGUUUUAAUUUACCCUAUGUUCAGAGCUAAAUCCCCAUAGAUUGAUACUUACAUCUUUGAUUGUGGCUUUAAGUUUUUGGUGAACUUUUUAUUGUUGACACUUUUUGCAUUUGAUGUGACUGCAUAAUCAGCAAUGGGACUUUUUUGUGGGGAAGAACUUAACAUACAGUAAGCAAGGAGGAUCUGUGUGCUACAUUUUCAAAACUUUUGUGUCAGCUGCAUAAUCAACAUGAUUGUUUUUUGGCUUUGUUCAUGUGUUUAAAAGCUUUAAUCUGUACCAAAAGGAAAACCCAGUUCCUAUUUCAGUUCAAACCAUUAUUGUGGUGGAUUUCUUUCACUCUGAAAUGUCUUUGUUGACAGCAUGUCUUAUGUCAUUUUUUCUGUGCAUUGUUCUACUUUACAUCAUUUGUUCAUACACUGUUAAGAAUUUUAGUGGUGAAUACGAUAAACUACAAUUUAAUUUCCGGGUUGAAAGGGGAUCCUAAAACUUCAAGAUUUGAUCCAUUCAUUCAUAUGUUGUUUCACUGGACUGUCCCUGACAAAUAUUUUGAGAGUGUGAUCUAGUGUAAUUUAUUACUGUGUGAAAUUCUAUUGUUGGGUCCUUUAAGUUUUAAUUCAUCACAGGCUGUGUUUGCUUAUUGUUUGAAGCAUCUUAGAUGAUGUUAACUUCAGUUGCUUUCCACAUUGUAAUUAUGUUAUGCCACAAAAUACAUUUGGUUAGCAAUUAUGUCUGUCCCAGCCAGUACAAUUGGUUGAGCCACACACCGAAAAUGCAUUUGGUAAGCAUCUAUAUCCCACAUAGUAUAACUGAUAUAACUAUGGUAUGUCAAAAUGCAUUAAGCUAGCACUUGCAGUAGUCUUUUUAUUCGGUGGACAGGGUUAUUAUUGUUACGAUUUUUGGACCUGAGAUAAAACAUACAUAUCAAGUCAAUAGAUGGGAAAAGAGGAUUAAGAAAAGUUUUUUUUUUUAAACUUUAUCCCACUAAAAUAGUUUGAUUUGUAGAUAAAAAUUGAGGAGAUAGAAAAAUGAAGUUUGGAGAACAAGUUUGCAGAGGCACUAGUACUGCAAAGAACUUUGCUAAUGAGUUCAGACAAUGUUUAACUUUCUCACAAGUGAUGUAAAAUGCAGGUGUAUAUUUCAUGUUUCUAAUACACUCCCCUUUUUGUGUAAAGCUACUGCUGUUUGUCGACACAUGUAAGACAUUGAGUGCAUACCAAACCACAGUAGUUAAUGCCUCAGGCUGUCAAAGCAGUUUAUGUAUUUACUUCUCCAUUCUUGAUCACCUGGUUAUUUUUUAAAUGGUUGUGCAAGUCUUGCUGGUUGUAGGUAGGCUCUUGCCUGUAUUUUUGUCAUUUCUAGGCUAUCCCUUUGUUGAGAUCAGAUCAGUAGAGGAAUAAUGUCAACCUCUAGGCCAGUGCAGUCAAGGAUAAUGACCAUUAGAGGUUAAAAAAUGCUUUUUUUAAAGUGAUGGGUUGGGAAACAGAGGAGGAUUUAUGGACUUGUUACUGUGUAAUCUAAAUAACCUAUGUUGACAUUACAAACACUAUAUGUAUUACACACAGGCUUUCUAUGUUGCCAUUACACAAACAUUCUAUGUAUAUCACACAAGCCUUCUUGACUAGAAAGACAUGGUCAGCUGUGUGACCAUAUCAAUGUUUACACAAUGGUCAUAGCUGGCAGUAUUUACUGAGUUAAGAAAGCCAUUAUGUUAACAGGGAAGUCAGGCCUUCAAAAGGUGAAUAUUGUCAGACCAUGUAAUAUUGAGUUAUUUAAAGGGCAUUGCAUUUUGAGAGCACACAGUUGUGAAGUACAUUGUUAUUUGCAUUUUUUUUUUCUCUUCAUGCUUCAUCUGCACAGGCACAAAUUCAGUUGUGCAGCAUUAUUUAUUCAUGUAACCUGUGCAGGGUGCAAGCAAACAUAAAAUGCACUCAGCCUGUUCUGCCGUGUCUCAGGGGUUAGUAGGCCAUGCCAGCGUUCAGGCUGCAUGGAAGGCAGAUGCAGUGCAGCAUAAGAAACAGAAGCACUGCACUACAACACUGAGAUUUGUACUUUACUGUUGUUGAAGCCACAAAGUAUCUUUUUCUCAAAAUGUACAUUGCCGCAGUCAGUUGAUGUAUGUGUGGAAUAGUGAAGAAAUUGUUUUCACAUCUGUAUGUUUUUAGCAAUACCAUAGAUCAUGAUGUGAAUGGGCUCGUGGUUGUGCUGUCCCUAGCAGGACUCCAGGAAUAUCUAGUCAGAUGCUGCAUUUGUGGUGUGGAAUAGAAGCAAUGCAAGGACUGAAAUGCUAAAUAUUCAUGUUUAUCAUAAUUAGCACUUUAUGAAUGAGAAGUGUCAACGUGUACUGUGCAUAAUCUGUGUUAUAUGUUGCCAGAAUUUUCUUUAAAAAAAAAUCAAAAGAUC